GUAGAUUAACCCAGAUAUGGGGAGCAUCAUCAGGUGUUGAAGUACCACUCCCGCUCUCUUCACCCUUGUCUUCGAGGCAUCCACCUGCAGGAACAAGCACCUGAUGACUGAAAAAACUACUUCAGGAACUUGUGUAAACCAACUCAGGAACAACACAUAUUUCAACAUGUUUUCUUCCAUUUGAUCGAUUAUUUUACCAACGCCUUGUGCCUUUAAAAUACAUAGAGUUCGAGACUCCACCAACAUGCUGUUCUCUUCAUUUUCAACAUUGCCAAUGUAUUUAUUGAUGACGUCUCUGCUGGUGAUGGGCCUGGAGGCUGCGGCCACUGCAGGGACCACUCCGGGCUGCGCGUCCUGCGGCAUGCCGCUAAUGGAGAAGGAUGCGGAGCAGAGGCUCCUGGUUGAAAUCGCCAAGCAGCAGAUCUUGAACAAGCUGCACCUGAAAGAGAGACCAAAUAUCACAUCGACUGUGUCCCGCGCUGCACUUCUCACCGCGCUCCGCAAACUGCACGCGGGACGUGUCAGACCGGACGGAACCAUUGAACUUGAAAACAAGAUCAAGGAAAUCAAAGAUCCGGGAUAUGAAAUAGUGAGCUUCGCAGAAAUGGAUGAGAUGAACACUACUACUGGCGCCCAGCCAGGCCUCACCUUCCAGUUCCAGCAGGAGAGAGACCACAGCAUCCAGGUGCUUCAGUCUGCCCUGUGGCUGUAUGUCCACUCCUCCGACACCCCUAACCGGGGUCCCCGCCCCACCGCCACAGCCCACAUCUAUCUGUCUAGCCCUGGGGAGAGCAGAUCCAACCACACCCUCCUCUUGGAGAAGAUCUUGGAUGUGCAGAAGAGCAACUGGCAUACCUUCCCCAUCACCCACACUUUACAGGCCUUCCUGGACGGGGGCAAGCGGCAGCUACAGCUUGAGGUCACCUGCAAGGAGGCCGGGUUCGAGCCGGGCCAAGGCCAGAACCUGUGUGAGUUGGGUAAGACCAUGGACAUGGCUCAUCAGCCAUUUGUGGUGGCCCAGGUGCGGCUCCGUGACAACUUCAAACACAUCCUCCAGAGGAGGUCCCUGCGUUGCGGGGACAACGUCAGCGUUUGCUGCAAGAAGGACUUCUACGUCAAGUUCAAGGAUAUCCAGUGGCAGGACUGGAUCAUAGCUCCAGAAGGGUACCACAUGAAUCACUGCAUGGGUCAGUGUCCCCAGGCCCUGGCCGGGUCUCCGGGCAUCGCGUCUUCUUUCCACGCCACAGUGUUCAGUCAGCUUAAAGCCAACGGCAUCAAUUCAGCGGUUUCUUCUUGCUGCGUGCCCAUCCAGCGCAAGCCUCUGUCUAUGGUCUACUUCAACUCACAGCACAGCAUUGUCAAGACCGACGUCCCUGAUAUGAUCGUAGAGUCCUGCGGCUGCACGUAAACACACGAAAGAGAAAGACCAGACAUUCAGCUUAUGAUGCUUUUAGUCUGAGAAGACUAGAUUGAAUUUGUUACACACACACACAAACACACACACACACACACACACACACACACACACACACACACACACACACACACACACACACACACACACACACACACACACACACACACACACACACACACACACACACACAGAGAAUAAUUUAAGGUAUCCAUUCUGUCUCUAUCAAUUUGAUAGAGGGAUUUUGCACAGAAAGUGAGAAUGAGACUUCAAUGUCUUGUAACUGGCAGACCUGGUUCAAAUACUAUAUAGGGUAUUUCAAUUACUUUCAAAGACAUUUAGAAGUAAGUAUUUCAAUAUAUAUAUAUAUAUAUAUAUUAUUAAAUCAAAUAUAUAUAUAUUUUUUUCAAGACAUGUAGUUGAAUAUUGUAAUAUAUUUGGAAAUACACUUGGAAAGUAUUUGGAAAUACACUUGGAAAGUAUUGGAAAAUACUUACAUACACUGACUCAAAUACACUCCCAGGCAUUUGAAAAUAGUAUUUGAAAUAAAUAUUUGGAAAUACUUUCAAAUAGUACGUAGGCUAGUUAUGGGAAAUUAUUUGAAUAUACUUUCAAAUAAAACUCAUUCUGUAUUCGAAACGUUCUAGAAAUCCACAGAGCUACAUGCUACACUCUUAGAAAAGGGGGUCCAAAAAGGUUCUUAAUCUGUCCCGAUAGGAGAACCCUUUUUGGUUCCACAUAGAGCCCUUUUUAGGUUCCAGGUAGAACCAUCUGUGGAAACGGUUCCACAUAGAACCAAAAAGUGUUCUCCAAAGGGUUCUCCUAUGGGGACAGCCAAAGAACCAUCUUUUUUUCUAAGAGUGUACAGACUCAUGGAAUCAUACUCAUACGAUUCUGAUUAUGUAUGAAUGUAUGCAACACAAAAUAGGAGACCACCCUGACAGGAGACAUGUCUGAUAUGGAGAGGUUAAAAAUGGUUUUGAUCAGUUAAUCAGUUAGGCAACAACUUGGCUUUGAUGACAUGAACUCAAGGUUAUUACUCAGUUGUGUGAGCAAACAUUUAGCUAUUGCCACAGUGUCAGGCAACCAGAAAGUCCAUCAUAAACACAGGUCAAUGAGCAUGUGCUCCAAAGCACGAUGAAGUCUGCGUUUUCCAAAGUCAAAUGUUUCUCAGGGCUGAUGCAAAUUAUAUGCAAUUCCAUUUAAGCAAAGAAAAUAUGUCUAUAUGUUUGUUUUCUGUUUAGAAUGUUUACACUAUCUGGGUAUAGUGUCUGUGAAUGAUACAUUUGAAGCUGAAGCAUCUUUGCUCCUUUCUUAAUGGUUUGCAUCUUCUGUAUGGUUGGCAGUAGCAGUGUAUACUGUAACUGGAGACUUCUCUACCCUACCCUGCCACUAUGCAGGCACUAUACUGCUCUAGGCCGCAAAAAGACCCCUUAUUACAUUGCAGUAUGAUAUGCUAGCAUGGCCUUCAGGUUCCUACAGCAAGCACUUCCUGGUUACCUGGCUCCUGGAAUAUUAGAACAAUACAACAUUCUAUAAUUCUUCUGGAAGCACUUCCUGUGCUAGAGCUUUGUGUAUGUCACACUGGGGUGCAUAGAAUGUACCAUGAUGCUAACUAAUAUCAUUGAUUUUGAUGCCAAAAAGUGAACUGUUUUUUUAAACAGAAAGCCUCACGUAACAUUCAUGAUCGGCCAUGAUUUCUGCAUGAGCACUUUAUCGGAUUACUGUAUAUUUAUGAGAUUCUGCAACAGGUUGUCCUCCUAAUGCCAUUUUCUAGUUUUGUCACUCAUUCACUGCAUGUGAAACAAUGAUAAAGGCAAAGUGAUAGUUAUUUUCUUUAGCCCUUGCUGUGUGAAUGAAUGUGUGGUCUGUGAUAUAACAGCAAAAUGAUGAACAAAAUUGAGGAAUUACUGUAUACUGUAACUGGAUAUAGAUACCAGCAUUUUGAUUGAAUAUCAAUUCCAGUAGAUUCUAUUGUCUGUUUUAAAUUGCAUUAUAUUUUUUAUUAAUUUAUAAUAAGAAUACGUUAUUAGGAAUUUGUUUAUUGUACUGUAUGCUAUAAUUCCAUUUGAAAAUAUAUUUGAAACUAAACAAAUAAAUAUGUUUGACUUGA